CCUCUGAACCAUGACCUCAUCCUUAGUUCAUUUUAGUGCUAUAGCUCACCUUCUGUUCUCCCGGGACGUUAAUGCCUAGUAAAUGGAGACUGCUUAUCUACAAUUGCGGUCACACUGCAUGCCCCAUAUGCGAAACAAUUUAUUAUUGUGCUUUAAUGUGUUUCGCUCCGUUCUAUUCUAGCGCUGUCAACUUUGCACGGGGACAGUAAAGGCUCAGCUGUCGCACAUUAUUCCAUUGCCCUCGACCCAUGACAAGUAAACAGUGACCAAAGUUAAAGCGCUUUGAAGAGGGCUGACAUGGCACACUGUUCCUUUACACAUGGAGAUUAGCUGAUCACAAAUCACCAAGCCAGGGAGACAGAGACACCAUGGCUCUCCUGAGGUCCGUUACAGUAGCGGUAGCGUCUCUCCUCCAUUGACAUCCUCUCUUCUCCGCUUCCACCACUCCCUCUCUCCACUCAUCUACCCAUCCACCCUCAGCACCACCCCUCCCCCAUCCAUCCAUCCACCCCUACAACCUCAGCACCACCCCUCCCCCCCAUCCAUCCACCCCUCCCCCCUCAGCACCACCCCUCCCCCAUCCAUCCACUCAUCUACCCUCAGCACCACCCCUCCCCCCAUCCAUCCACCCAUCCUCUCCACUCCUCACUGACCUCGUUGCUACCCAUCGUUGUGACAUCAUGGCGGGGGAGAAGGGACCAACCAGGCGGAGCGCCAUGGACAUCAAGCGCCUAGCGGGGCUGAUCCAGAGGGGGGCGGGUCGUCUACUGGUGAUUGACAGCCGGACGUUCUCGGAGUACAACGCAUCCCAUGUACAAGGGGCGGUCAACGUGUGCUGCUCCAAGCUGGUGAAGAGGCGACUGCAGCAGGACAAGGUGUCCGUCACCGAGCUACUACAGCCCAACGGCAAGGUCAAGGUUGAGAUGGGCAGGAAACAGGAAGUGGUGGUGUACGACCAGAGUUCCAAAGAGGUGGGGCAACUGUCCAAAGACGGCUUUGUCCACAUCCUGCUGGGCAAGCUGGAGGGCACCUUCCAUCGAGUCUCCCUGCUCACAGGGGGCUUUGCUGCAUUCUCCUCCUGUUUCCCCGGGCUUUGUGAGAGCAAGCCAGCUCUGCCUAUGAGCAUAUCCCAGCCCUGCCUACCUGUAGCUAACAUUGGCCCCACACGCAUCCUACCACACCUCUACCUGGGAUCGCAGAAAGACGUCCUCAACAAGGACCUAAUGGUUCAGAAUGGAAUCACGUACGUGCUGAAUGCCAGUAACACCUGUCCCAAGCCUGACUUCAUCAGCGAGAGCCACUUCAUGCGGAUCCCUGUCAAUGACAACUACUGUGAGAAGCUACUGCCCUGGUUGGAGAAAACCAAUGAAUUCAUCGACAAAGCCAAGGUGUCAAACUGCAGAGUCAUUGUGCACUGCCUGGCUGGAAUCUCACGCUCAGCAACCAUCGCCAUUGCAUACAUCAUGAAGACAAUGGGCCUGUCAUCGGAUGAUGCCUACAGGUUUGUGAAGGACCGACGGCCUUCAAUAUCGCCCAACUUUAACUUCCUGGGCCAGCUGCUGGAGUUUGAGAAGGGGCUGCGGCUCCUCCAGGCGCUGUCAGACGACAAGACCUCAGAGGGCAAAGGUCAAUCCCAGGGCUCAGAGGUCAACGGGUUCAGCUCAGGGUCAGAAGUCAACAGUCACCAUGACACUUCAUCAAUAGAGCCCCAGACCCCACCAGAACCGAAGCUCCCCUCGCCGACUUCUCUCCAGCAGGGCUUCAACGGCCUCCACCUGUCGGCCGAGCGCAUCCUGGACACUAACCGGCUGAAGCGAUCCUUCUCCCUGGACAUCAAGUCUGUCUACUCCCCCAGCAGCCCCCACUGCCUGCACCUGGCAGCGCCCACACACUCCGAAGACGUGCCCAAGCUAUGUAAGCUGGACAGCCCCCCUGUCAAUGGUGUCUGCCCUCAGUUCUCCCCUGUCCCAGACAGCCCCAGCUCGGCCGAGUCACCUUUCCCUUCCCCGGGGUGCGGCGGCAGCAUCGGAGGUCUCGACGUUGGGGGUCCCAGUGAGGGGGGUGUUCGUUCUGGAGGUCCAUCAUCGUCCAGGCCCAGGAGGAAAGCCAAGCACGGCCCUGGAUCUGGAUCCACAGCCAGUUCCCCGGUACAACCCCAGUCCCUGAGUCUGACUCUGGGACGCUCCCUGCCCGUUCACAAGAGCCCCAGCCUGGACGAGAGCCUAAAGGGCUCCAUGCUUCUCUCUCUGCCCCCCAAAGAGUCCGGAACCAUGUGGACCAAACACAGAGACACAGUACAGGCCACCACCCCAGUCACACCUGUCACCCCCACUGCCGACGCCCCCUGGUACUUCGGAGCUGAAGAGGUAGGGGAAGGAGGGAUGGAACUAGGAGGAGACGGAGGAGGAGGGGUGGAAGUGCGAUUCGGAAGCAGCUCUGCGUACGUGGCGUUCGGUUGUAGCGAGGGGGUGCGGCUACGGGAGAAAGUGCAGCGGGACAAAAGGGUAUCGUCGUCAUCUGCGCCAUUACAGAGGGACUCCUCAACGACUGUCGCCAAUGGGACGGCCUCCAACAGCACCGAGAAGCAGUUCAAGCGGCGCAGCUGUCAGAUGGAGUUUGAGGAGGGCAUCUCCGAUACGCGUUCCCGGGAGGAGCUGGAGAAGAUGGGGAAGCAGUCCAGCUUCUCUGGCAGCAUGGAGAUCAUCGAGGUGUCCUGACUAACCGCACUCCUGACCACAACCGGCCCACCCAGGGAGGAGGGGAAACGGACCUGAAGGAGGAGGGAGGACAGAGGUGGGAAAUUUACACUCCCCAAACAGACCGUGUUAAAGACUCAAACUCUGAGAAGACAGAAACACCAGAGAGAUUCCGGGAGUCCCUUAUCUAGCUAGCGUUCCUUGACUAGACAUGGGGUUCAGCAGGCUGUCGAUUUCCUAGGUUACAUUUACAGUACUACCAACCAAAGCUCUGAAGAGAACAACUACGGGGAAAGACGGAGGGCUAUGGGGCACUGACACUGAACUAUGAACUGUGAACUAUUUCCUCUGUAUGGUGUCAGUUAAAGAAAAACAGAUCCAGGGGCAAAUCUCAAACAACACCCUAUCACCCAUAUAGUGCACUACUUUUGACCAAAAGUCACCAAAAGUAUAGUGCUAUUUUCGUUAUUGGGUGUCAUUUGAGACGUAGCCAAGUGCUUUCCUCCCAAAGACUUCAAUCCCCAGCAUGCCUCAGUCUGCCCCUCCCUUAAUUUCAAAGACUUCAGCCCCAGAGAACCACAACCCCCAGCAUGGCUCAGUCUGCCCCUCCCUUCAUUACAAAGACUUAGAAAGAGCUCUGUACCCCAGAAACGCACCACAGCACAAUGCAGAGAGAGACUAUUCAGACUCUCCUAAGAGUCUAUACCGGUGGUACUGCAUCAAAACAAUGACGAAUCCUCCAUUGUUGGCGUGUCAGCCCAUCAUGGUUUACAAAGACUUUGCAGUUUAAGAGGACUCAUAGUGACUGAUAAAGACUGGCAUUGUAUUUUCCCGCAAUACUCGUCUGCUUCCUUGUUUCCAGUGUUUAACAGUGUGACGUGACUGUUGGGGCGGUGGGGAGGAGAGGAGUUAGGUCUAAGUUACGCCCUCCCUGUAGUGGAGUUCAGUACUCGCAUGUCUCACUCCACACCCCCCAAGUAUACCCCACCCCAGCCUCCCAGAGCAUGCUCCAGGGCUGGCGACAGACAGACAAAUACUAUAUAUACUAUAUGAAUAUAUAUAUAGCGAUUUUAAUGGACUUUUAAUCAACAACAAAAAAUCUCAGUUCUGGUUGUAAUUUAUUUGAUCUGUUCAUUCUGGUAAUGAGAAAUAAUAGAAUGUUUUGUGGACUUUUUCAUUUUCCUUCGUUAAUCUCAGUUUUUGUUGUAUGGUAUUUAUGAAACACAUACAACCACACACUCAUGCACACACAAACUCAUGCACACACACACUCAUGCACACAAAACUACAAGCAAGCAAUAUGUGCUGUUCCUUGUUUGGAGGAAGAGUUAUGUAUUUUGGGUUUCAUCUGACGUUGAAAUGCACUUUUCUGUUACUCUUCAAAAACGAGUAUCCCAUCCACUUCCUAAGAGGGUACCAACACACUCUAACCCAGGGGUGGGAAAACUACAGCUCAUUCAAUCCGGCCCAUGGGAGGUUUCAGUAAAAACAACUAACAAAAUGGGGGGCAAAUUAUUAUUUAGGGUUUAAAAACUACUCUAGGCCACAUUUGAAUGUCUAAAACUAGAUAGAAUGUUUGUAGAAAUUAUAAUAGACCUGUAUAUUUCCAAAUAACUGCCCUUUUUCUGGCCCCGAAAUUGAUUUUGACAUACAAAUCGGUUCCCUAAAUCCUGAUGUGGCCUUCGAGCCAAAAUGUUUGCCCACCCCUGCUCUUACCUCUGGUGACAUCACCAGAUGUGUGGUAUGGUGAAGAACAGUCCCUAUGAGCAUGAAAACGUUGAAUUUACAUUGAAAAGAUGUUGAAAAUACAUAUGUUUGGUUGAAAAUAUGUUAAAUAUGUAUUUGUGGUUGAAAAUACGUUGAAAAUAGGUAUUUUUAGUUCAAAAUACAUUCAAAAUACGUAUUUUCAACAUCUUAUGUUCACCGAGAUGACUCUUCAGUUGAGUGUAAUUAAGAUGUUAUUUAUUGUGAUUGUGGGCUCCAGUUAGUGCAUCUCCUGGGAGACGGUUAAUGUGUGUGAGCGAGAAUGAAGAACUUUAUUCAACCCAGUACUAAAGAGCAAAUUAUUGUAGGAAGGACUAUUGAUUUCUCCAGGGCUCAUGACAACAACUACCGGUAUAUGCAAGUAGAUCCACACAGUUGACAAUGUUAGAGACAUCCACCUAACACACUGCUAAACUCACUCUGUUGGCUAGUUUCCAAAUACAACACACACACACACACACACACACACACACACACACACACACACACACACACACACAGAACUAAACUGUGUUGGGAUAUGAGAGAAGCCCAUAGCUGAAACAAAUCCCCUCCACACAUACACACACAGACAUAAACACACAGACACUUAUAGUCACACACAAAGAUAUACCACCACCUUUCGUUUGUUCUCAGGGGAUCUUUCAGUGAGCCAAGCCUGGCGCAGGGUACACAAUUGCUUGCACAUCAGCACAAUGCAUGUCACGCCCUCACUAUCUCUAUCAGUCUAUCGCUCUCACUCUCUUAUUUUCCAAAGGUUUGAUAAAAACAAAACAAAACGGAAGGGAUGAAACUAGAACGUGAUUCAGAAGUGAAUAAAUGAAUGCUAUUGCUCUGCUGGUGCGAGAUUGUCUAUUUAUUUAUGAUGUACGUAUAUGUGUUUUUUUCCUUUUCCUUUGGUUAGCUUUUCUCUAUUGUGACCUUUGACCUAUACCUUUGUGCUGCUGUAAGGUCAGACCUGGAUUUCCUGUGUUCAGUUCUCUGAGGCUUUCCUUCUAGUCUCUUUAUUUUUAAAAGAUGUUGUUAUAAUUAUUUAAAAACAUGUUAAGAGAAGAUGCAGGCUGUCCCGAUUGCUAUAAUUGUUGGUAUUGAUGUAUUAUUAUUAUUAUGAUUAUUAUUGUUGUUAUGUUGUGUAAAUAGCAAGGUAUCUAAGAAUAUUGAUGAAUUUAGGUACAUUUUUUAAAUAAAAUCCUGAUACCUUAGGCUGCUUGACGCAAAAUACCUCAGGUUUUUCCUUCCUUGUACAUGUUUUGUGAAAAUGAGACAAAAAUACAAAAAUGACAAAAUAUGAA